CUGGAUCUAAACUUCACAAGUUUAGAGGCGGUGUAUGAGAACACGACUAAAGGAAGGGACCCGAAACAUUUGAUUGAGGACGUAGUAGAAGAGAACGCUAACGAAUUCGAUCCACACGCUUCGUUCUACGACGGUAGCGAAGAGUUCCCCUCAAGGACUGAAGCAAACUGUGCUCCAGGUGAUCAAACAGCUCUAGUCCUUGCACCACCCACAAGAUUUCAAACGAUGGCUGUGGUUCCAGGACGAUGCAUCCGCGGAUUUUUGGACAUCUCAUCAUUCCUGAUUUGCCUAUUCCUGGUGAUUCUUCAAAUGGGAUUGAUUGAUUACUACUACCUCACAGUAUUGUCCGAUAGAGUAUGGUAUUCAUGGAUAGGAGCUGAUGCUCUCGUAAUAGUGGUACUGUUGUGGCUUCUUGUGCUUGCAAUCAAGUACAAUCAAACACAGAUGGAGGAAGUGUGUUCAGUCGGUAAGUGA